CAUCCUGUAUGCCACACCAUAACUUCUCCUGACCAAUCCAGACUCUGACAGCCUCACACAGCAGAGCCUGUCUGACGGAGAGGAGCAGCUGGACCGCCUCCAGCAGGCGGAGCUCACACGAAACACGUGCAUGUCACUGUGGAGGGCAGGUGCAGUCCAGGCCUGGAUGGAAGUUGUCAUGGGAAUGCCCAUGUACAUCCGAGCCUGCUCUGAAAACGUCAAAAGUGGCAAGGUGCUACUAGGCCUGACAGAUGAGGAUUUAGAGCUGGGCCUAGGUAUCAGUAACCCGAUUCAUCGCAGGAAGCUAAGGCUGGCCAUUGAGGAUUACAGAAGAGCUGAAGGGGAUCAAGGACUUUCAAAAGCAUCUGAGAUGGACCAUCACUGGGUGGCAACAUCCUGGCUGAGUGAUGUGGGGCUGCCUCAAUACUCCCAAACUUUCCAGAGUCACUUAGUGGACGGACGAGUGCUGAACUCUCUGAGCCGCAGAGACCUGGACAGAUUCCUCAACAUCAGUGACCAGUUCCACCAGACUAGUCUACUUCUGGGAAUCCAGCUGCUGCAGAUGCUCAGUUUUGAUAAAGAGGCCCUGCAGGCACGACGGGCGACAUGUGAGCACCAAGACCGGGACCCCAUUGUUUGGACAUGUCACAGAGUAAUGAAGUGGAUCAGAGACAUAGACCUCAAGGAGUAUGCAGAUAAUCUUCAGGGUAAAGGGAUCCAUGGGGCUGUGAUGGCUCUGGAUCCAUCCUUUGACACUGACGCCAUGGCCAAAGCCCUGGGAAUCCCCUGCAACAAACACAUGCUGCAUCGGCACCUGUAUGAGGAGAUUAAAUCACUCGCUGUCCCUCACAGCAGUGCAGAGCAGGGCAAUGACAUUAUCAGUUCUUCUUCGCCUGUGACUGUUAACCGCUUUGCUGAGGAGAGGGUCUCUAUGAGAAGAACAGGCAAGAGUCCGCUGAGGUUACGCACAAACAGCCACUCUGUGGAGCGAAGUCUGGGCUUUCAUGGCAGCUGCGGCUCUCUGCCCAGAGAGGCAAGAGUUCAGGCUGUUCCCCGAGCCAAAGGCAGCCCGAUGCACACCUACAAGAGCGUGGAAAUCACAAACGUCUGAAACAGCCUCAGUCAUUGAAGUCUUUAUGAUUGUUUACAUUGUUAUUGUACUAUAGUUGUUUACUACUGAGAAAAACUCUUUAAAUUACUUUCGCAUUACUGGACUUUGAGAAGGAAGUUGUCUUAAAGUGGUUUACCGCUUAAUUUAAUAAUUCAAAUAUAUUAUCAUUUUGGCCAGCAUGAGAAUAACUCAUUCUCUGAAGAGAAACACAAAUCAUUUUUGACCUAACAGAGAUGUUGUGAAUAUAGAUAAGACGAAAAAAAUUUCCAGACAAAAAGUUUUAUGUUUUUUGGUUUUGUUUUUUCAAAUGAAUUUUAUAUCAUGAAUUUAUAGAAAAUCAUAGUGAUAUAGGUGUGAAGACUAACUGUAACUGUUGUACAGUGUUGUUCUCCUUUGAUGCCUUACAUGAAUUUGGUCUAGUAUUUAUGUUUUAUCUUCACAGCGCUGUUGUGGUCAAAUAUUUUUAACAGGUCAUCUCUUUUUGUUUCAUAGUAAGUGAAGAAUUAUGCUUGAGGUAUAGAAAAAAGUCAUUGUGAUAUAGUAUUAGCUGUUAAUCUUCUGAGGAGACCUGAACUGUGUCAUGUCAGCAGCUCUGAACGAGAUGCUGGCCUGAGUUUCCGGCUCAAAUCAGUUCCUCUGUCCCCCCAUGAGCCUCUCCAGGCUCCAUACAACUUUCCUCACAAUUAUUACUGUUACUGUGACAGAUAGUAAACCUUGAUUUAAAAUAACAUUAAAAGAUAUGAAAUUUGGACGGGGGGCGGUUUGACACAAUCUGUGUUCUCAUGGGGUUACAUUCAGUUAAUUAAAGAGGUCUGCAGUAAAUGUUUUCCAUUUCAGUAUAAAUGUUAAUAAUUGGCUUCAGCCACCUUAUGACCCUUAAGAGGAUAACCUGCAUGGAUAAUGGACGUAUGGAUGGAUGGAUGUUUACUUACUUUACUUACAACAAUACUCCCAAGUUAUAUGUAGAUAAGAUAUACAGUUGAAUGUUGGGUUUUAAAAGGAAUUUAAGCAAAUGGUCUCCCCCCGUUUAUACUGUACAAGCACUGAAAGAAAGGUAGUGCUGUUGCUCAUCCUCUGAACUCAAAGAAGAGAAUGUAAUUGUAUCUUCUGUAAAGUUUGAUCAUGUUUUAUAACACACAUUUGUACAAAGUUUGCUGUUGCUGAGCAUGAGAACACAUAUGAAAUGUCACUCUGUGUGCAGCUGAAACCCUGAGGUUUAUCCAAAUAGCGGAAAACAGGUUUUUCUGCCACUUUACUGGGCGUCUCCUCCAGUCACCAGAAGCAAAGCUAUUUAAGCGGGAAUAUCAAACCAGUUCAAACCUGUACAGACACAGAAGGUAAGAACUCAGAAGGUGUUUGUUUUUAACACCAGAAUUAAAAUGGCAUUUAUUAUUUCUCUUCUCUCAGCUAUCAGAGCUUUUCAUGUAUGCCAACCACGAAGGUGGGAUUA